CAUUCGAAAUCCUCCCUCGCCGAUCUCCUCCUCCUCGCGGAAACCCCAAGGAUUCGCUGCGCUCCUCUCUCGCCGUCGUGGUGGUGUCUGGUUCACGGCGGAGGGAAGGGAAGAAAGAAGGGGAGGGGGAGGAGAUGGCGGCGAGCAAUAUCGGGAUGAUGGACGGCGCCUACUUCGUGGGGCGGAACGAGAUCCUGGCAUGGAUCAACACCACGCUCCAGCUCGGCCUCUCCAAGGUCGAGGAGGCUGCGUCGGGGGCGGUGGCUUGCCAGCUGAUGGACGCGGCGCAUCCGGGGGCAGUGCCGAUGCACAAGGUCAACUUCGAUGCCAAGACGGAGUACGAGAUGAUCCAGAACUACAAGGUGCUGCAGGAUGUCUUCAACAAGCUCAAGAUCACCAAGCACAUUGAGGUGAACAAGCUUACCAAAGGAAGGCCCCUUGACAAUCUGGAGUUCAUGCAAUGGAUGAAAAGAUACUGCGAUUCAGUCAAUGGAGGCUUCAUGAACAGUUACAAUGCUUCUGAAAGAAGAGAGAGCAGCAAGGGUGGGAAAGAGACCAACAGAAGGACAUCAGGGCCUUCUCAGGCGAGUGCCAAGUCCUCAUCAGCCACACACAAAGCUCAGGCAUCAUCUCAUGGCGCUAAGAAGGCCAAUGGGCAUGCGUCGAAUGCCCCUCUGCCACGGAGCGCAAAGGCAUCUCCUGCGAACUCUGCAGGACCAGCUUAUGAUGAACAGAUUACUGAGCUGAAGCUCCUCGUCGACAGUCUCGAGAAAGAAAGAGAUUUCUAUUUCUCCAAGCUGCGGGAUGUGGAGAUCGUGUGCCAAAGCCCUGAAAUCGAGCACUUACCGAUUGUCAAUGCGAUUCAAAAGAUACUCUACGCGGCGGAGGACGACCCCUCGAUGGUGGCGGAGGCGCAGGCGAUGGUGUCGCAGCAGCAGCAGCAGAACGAGCAGCCGAUGCUGAGCCCCAUCCUGGAGGCGUCUGAGGAGAGGGCGCACAAGAGGAAGAGCAUCUCGGACCUGGAGCUGGAGGAGUUCGGCAUGGCGUCCAUCUCGAGGCAGAGGCUCUCGGACAUCUCCGACGUGCAGCUGUGUGGAUCCCCUCUGACCAGCUUCACAUGAGUGAAAGAACACAAAGCAACUGGGAGUUGUGAAUUUGCAGAUGUGAAAUUGGGAUUAAUUAGUACAUGGCUCUCUUUCUAUCUUCUUCUGUUGGAUUGGUUUGGUUGUGUUUCCUAUGUGUUGUAUUGUUGGUGACUUUGAAUGGUGGUCUGGUGUGCCACAGCAUUUGUGGCACCUUGAGACAAUAUUGUGAAAAUAGUUUGGUGAUUUA